CUUUCUCUGUAUGUGUGGGGUUUUCUGCGCUGGAGCUGGAGAGAUUGGCUAAAUAGCUGCUGUCUGUACUGCAUCGCUUUUUAUUCUCCGUGUGUGUGUGUGUGUGUGUGUGUGUGUGUGUGUAUGUAUGUAUGUAUGUAUGUAUGUAUGUGUCGCCUAUUGGAAUAAAAACACGAGGAAUGUGGAAAUUACAGAAUGCCCAAUAUCGCUGGAAAGAGAUUUAAACCCACGAAGUACAUCCCUGUGUGCACCGCGGCCACUCUUCUCGUGGGCUCCACCACUUUAUUCUUUGUUUUCACGUGCCCCUGGCUCACAAAGGCAAUCUCCCCAGCCAUCCUCCUGUACAAUGGGAUUGUGUUUCUGUUUGUAUUGGCCAAUUUCAGCAUGGCAACAUUCAUGGACCCAGGAGUGUUCCCCAGAGCCGAUGAAGACGAGGACAAGGAUGAUGACUUCCGGGCUCCGCUCUACAAGAACGUGGAUAUCAAAGGGAUCCAGGUUCGGAUGAAGUGGUGCGCCACCUGCCACUUCUAUCGGCCGCCACGAUGCUCCCACUGCAGCGUCUGUGACAACUGUGUGGAGGACUUUGACCACCACUGCCCCUGGGUGAACAACUGCAUCGGCCGCAGGAAUUAUCGCUAUUUCUUCCUGUUCCUGCUGUCGCUCAGCACGCACAUGCUGGGAGUGUUCGCCUUCGGACUCAUCUACAUCCUGAACCACCUGGAGAGACUGGGAGCGCUGCACACCACUGUCACUCUGGCUGUGAUGUGUGUGGCCGGCUUGUUCCUCAUUCCGGUUGUGGGGCUCACAGGAUUCCACAUGGUCCUGGUGGCCAGGGGUCGAACCACCAACGAGCAGGUGACAGGAAAGUUCCGCGGCGGGGUCAAUCCCUUCACGCGUGGCUGCUGGGGGAAUGUGCAGUAUGUGCUCUGCAGUCCUCUCGCUCCAAGGUACAUAAUCGAGCCCAAGCAGAACGACGCUGUGCUUAUUCAACCUCCCUUCCUCCGUCCUGACCUGUCAGACAGGCAAAUCACAGUCAAGGUUAGCGGCAAUGGGAUCCAUGCCAACAUGCAUAGAACCAAGUCUAAAGGCAGUCUGGAUGCACUGGAGGACAUGAUGCUGGACAGCCAGCCCCCACUGCCCCCGAAAGGAGAUGCAAACAAGUACAGCGAGCUGAAGAGCCAGCUGACCUCCAGCGAAGAGAGCAGCCUGUCUACGAAGCCUCUGAACCAGUCUACACCAGCCAUGUACAAAUACCGGCCCGGCUUCAACGCAAACCUCAAGGUCCACUACCACCCCACUGAGGACAAGAUUGUCAUGCAGGAGGGACAUGCUGCUGCUGCUGCUAUGAUGGAAGACAAUGGGCGAGGUCAUGACUACAGAUCAGAGCCAAACCUGGACGUCCCGGAAUACAGGAAUGCCUCCAUCCACAGGGACUUCCAGUCCUCCCCCCUGCAGCUGGACGACUCCUCCAUCAACUCCCGCUCGCUCAGCCUGAAGCACACGCCCCGGCGGGGCAGGGACAAGACCACCCUGCAGCCCAUGAAAUCGGAGGGGACCUCCACCCCCUACAGGAGCGGCUUCGCUCCCAACUCUCUGUCCAACAGGAACGGCAGCCUCUCCUACGACAGCCUGCUGAACCCCAGCAUGUCCCCCUCAGCCGGGGAGUGCCUGGCCCACCCUGGGGGCGCCGCGGUAGGGUACCACUCUCCCUACGUGUCUGCCAAAGUGAGCCACAUGCGGGGGACUGAACUGCAGGGGCAGCUCCCACCUACUUACAGCCCUGUCCUGAACAGCAUCAGCAGACACUCUCCGCACCCCCGGGACCCCUCACCAGUGCGCUACGACAACCUCUCCAAAACCAUCAUGGCAUCCAUCCAAGAGCGCAAAGAGCUGGAGGAGAGGGAGAAGCUGCUGCACCUACACGGGCACGCUGGCAUCACGGACUCCGGCGCCUAUGAGCCGCCUGGCUCCUACAGCUUCCAGCUGGGGCCAGUCUUCCCGGAUGAGCCCCGAGUCCCGUGCACUGGGGCUUACGGCUCUCGGGACAACCUGCUGGGCGGCUCUUCGGUGUUCAGCUCCCGGAACCCUCUCAUGCGCUCCUCCGCCACCUCCCUGAGCAGUGCCGCCCUCUCCAGGGUCCCCAGGACUUCCACCACCUCCCUGCAUGCCGACCUGGCAAACAACAACGUACAGGGCAGGGUCAGCGACGCGCCCUACCGGUCCCCGGGCCACCAGGUGCAGCCCUCGCCCACGGCACUGCGCAGGUCCCCCUCCUACAGCAUGCACAAGCCAUUCUCCUUUAUCAACGCCUUGGAAGCAACAGACUCUCCGCCUCUAGGAGGGCCAAGGGAGGAUGUCCAGUUGAGAUCGUCCCACAGUAAAAUAAAUGGCCAGCCGAAGGGCCUGUCCAGGGCUGACUGUCGCCUGGGUUCCACCUCGAGUUCCCAGGGUAUCCCGGCCAGCCCCGGCCGGCACACGAACGUUAAAAAGGUGUCGGGAGUGGGCGGGACCACCUACGAGAUCUCGGUGUGAGGUGCCGCGGUGCCACGCUGUGAAGAGAAGCGCUGCAGCUCUACAGCUCGGAGGACGGGGGGGGGAUCUCUCCGCAGCCUUACUCCCUUGGGAAUAACCAUACAGCCAAUCGGACGAUUCCUCUUUGACCUCACAGCUGUCCCAGUGACCCUGACUGCGUACCGUUGAGACUACAGUUUUUAUUACAAAAAAGGAAAUAUAUAUGUAUGUAUGUGUCUAGAUAUUGCCAUUGUGCAUUUUGUUUGUUCAGUCCCAUGUAUAAAUUACUGAGGAAGGGGCAGUCAAUCGGCCCACAUGAUUUCUGUUGGCAGUUUUAAAGGUGGAUGUUUUCUUUUAGACCUGUGCUUUAUGUUCAUAAGCAGUUGUGAAGUUUCACACACUCGGCUCCCACUGAGCACAAGGACGGACCAUCGGCAAACAGUGGAAACACCUGUUGUCUAUUGGGCUCUCCCUCAGCAUCUAGCUGUUAGUGGAUCACACUGGAAAGACAUCAGUGUAGUGAACUCGUUACCAAAGGCUGCAGCUAAUUGUCAGACCUUAAUGUCCUAUAAUCAUGCUAGUCAUGACCAUGCAUCGUUUUUCUUUUAUUCUUUGGUCGUGGUUUGUGAGAAGGUUGAGUACUUCUCCUUUCCCUGUUUUUAUUUUUUAAUUAUUAUCAUGUAUUGAAUUGGUUUGCUGUGGAGCUCGGUGGAUAGUAGAGGAACUCUUCUUUUAUUAGGUAGCACAGAUCUGUUUAUCCAAAGCAGCAGGUUUCUCACAAGCUGAAUGAAGAUUCCGUCAGAGUGCAGCAGUGUGAUGUAUUAGUUGUUGUUUUACCUCCACCUCUGAUCAUCAUCUAGCUAUACGGGAUGAACGAUGAUGGUGUUAAAGUAAGCACCUGGAAACUCAUGUAUGUUAUUGACGAUCAUAGUAACAUCUUAUUUCAUUUUUUUAAUUUUUUUUUUU